UUGUCAUGUUUUCAAGAGUAGCGUUGCGGUGCAGGUCUGAAGACGGUGUGCACAGCCUGGACAACUAGGUUUAGAGGCAUUGGAGAAUCAAGGAACCCGUUUCGUCAAGUCGUUUGCAUUGUGGAUUGCAGAAAUCUUCACUCACAAUGAGUAAAGUACAAGGUGGAAUGAAAUGCGUGAAAUAUCUCUUAUUCGUAUUCAACUUCAUAUUCUGGCUGUCUGGCUCCAUGGUCCUGGCCGUGGGGGUGUGGCUGAGGUGUGACUCGGACACCGACCUGCUUCUAGCCGGUGCUGGAGCCCCAGACAGCUUCUUCAUAGCGGUCUACAUCUUGAUUUGUGCAGGUGGGCUGAUGAUGGUGGUGGGCUUCUUUGGAUGUUUUGGCGCUGUGCGAGAAUCUCAGUGUCUUCUGGCGUCGUUCUUUGCUUGUCUUUUGAUAAUCUUUGGGGCCGAGGUUGCUGCUGGGGUUUUUGGUUUCUUAAACCAGGAGCAGAUUAUUGAGGAAGUUCAAAAGUUCUACAGCACUUCAGUUGCCGAAGCCGCAGACCCCAACUACAAUGGCACCACAGUCGCUUCUAUCUACCACAGUGUUCUGCAUUGCUGUGGAGGGUCCAGCCCAGACCCAGCUCUGUGCCCAGAAACUGAAGAGAAAACCAAGGACUGUUUGACUGCAAUAACAGACUUCUUCAAUGAGAAGCUCUAUAUAGUCGGCUUCGUUGGGAUUGGAGUUGCAGGAGUCAUGGUGCUUGGCAUGAUCUUCAGUAUGGUUCUGUGUUGUGCGAUCAGGAACAGCCGGGAGAUCAUCUAGGAAUACUCAUUCGGCACUACUCACACUCCUACCAGCCGUUCCAACAUACAUCUUAAUGUACAGCUAAUACUUAGCCUGUCCACUGAUUGGAGACAGUGUUUCCCAUAUUUUAAGCUUUGAAGGAAUGAAUUCAUUACAAUUGGAAGGACCUUCUUUGUUUGCAAAAAAUCUAUUAGCACUAAAAUGAACAAGAAAGCAUUUUUUUUUACACACUUGCCAAAUAUAAAUGGCUACUUUGUUUGUUUAUAGCCAGUUUAAAAGAAAUGCAAUAGAGUAUAACUGUAAAUAACGAUAACCGUCCUGGUUGAAGGCAACUCCAGUACAUUACAAUUAUUUAUUUGAUCAAUGUUAAGUGAUAUAAAACUUAAAUGUCUAUGAGUUAGAUGAAGGCUUCAAUGUUUUAAGGACUGUUUCAUAAAAUUCAUGAUGUGCCCAGAGUUACACUAUCGUUAAACAUUUACUCUCCCUAUUCCAAUUUAAUCAAGCUAACCCUCAUCUCCUAGUUUAAUGAAGUAUUUGCCUUAACGGAACAAUGUGAUCUUUAUCAGCCCAGAGGGUGAGGAGAUGCAAAACACUGCUAUAAUCUUGUUCACGGUCCACAGUAAUAAUCCCACAUUGCAAUGUUUUCACAUGCUCUUUUUAAGCAAUAUCAUGUGAAGUGUCAGCUGUUUGUAGUGUGCUGAAUAUUUAGGCUGUUCAUUGGUUAGUGUGCAAAUGAGAUGAUUUAACGCACACAUAUUCUUAACUAAACUAAGAAAUACAUUUGGCGCUUAGGACAAUUGCUUUUGUAGAUAGGAGUCAUCUGCACAAGUCAUAGGUUCACUCAGCCAGAGAGAGCUGUGCUUUAUUUAAAUAGCUAGCUAGAAAUCCACAUACGACACACGUAAAAAACAUUUUGUUGGAACAUAACACAGAUUGUCUUAUUGAAAUAUUAACUGACCAUUUUAAUAAAACAAACU